AUGGCCGUAAGAGAGGGAGAGAUGGCAAUGGCAAAAACCACCCAGCAGCAGUUUGUGCCACCAAUUGUUCUUCUUAUGGGACUUGUGGCCUGCAAUCUCAUCGGUGGGUGGUUCAUAUUCAGGUCCGUAUCAACGGACUUCCAAGAAUCCAUUAGUGAUUUCGAUGACAACCAGGAAUGGGGUGAGUUCAUGUUCCUGAGUGGUCUUCUCACCGUUGUCGUCCCCGAUGCCAUUUUCUUUUCCUUCCAUGAAUUCUUCUGGUCCAAGUCCGACGCACAUGCUGCGGACUCCGGCCAAACAAAGUCCGGCGUUGACCACGAGAUUCCAUGA